AUGAACGACAGUGACGCGACGAGCGGGCUGACAGACGACGCGGCGGGCCCGGCGUCCUCGGCCUCGCCGUCACCCUCUCCCCCGCCAUCCCUACUCGAGCCGACGCCACCGCCAGGCAACCGCCGCCUCUCCCUCGUCCGCGGGCAGCCCGUGAUCCGGCGGCGCUCGCGCUCCGUCCUCGACGGCGAGUCGGCCGACUCGCACCACCACAGGCGGAUGCAGUCUGCCCCCGUGUUCCUCGACAAGGCAGCAGACCACGACGACAACAGCGACAAGGGCAAGCGGCGCGCAAGCAGCAUCAUGUCGGCCCUGCCGCCGCCGUACGACGUCCUCCCACCCUACUCUGGUCCCGGGCGCACAGACGACAAGAAGCUGAGGGAGAAGCCUGCGCCGGCGCUCGACCUCCUCGCCUUCCCACAAAUCACGGCGCUCGUGCUCGCCUACGCCCGGGGGGAAACGUACGCCCCCCUCCGGGCGACAUGCAAGGCGCUGCACGCGCGCGUGAAUGCCAUGAUGUACGCGCACGUCGAGGUGAAGAUCGCGCGCGUCGACCCCUCCCCGCCGCCGUCGCGCACGCCCGCGCCCCCACUGUCGAGGUUACAGGCCAUCGUGCGCACCAUCCAGGCCACGUCGUCGUUCCUCGGCGUCACGAGCAGCAACCUCCCGUUCAUCCCCGAGGCGUCCGAGGGCGCGACCACGACCCCGACCCCGACACCGGAGGAACCAGUACGCGAGCCGUACUUCGCCGUGUCGAUCGUCGCCCCGAGGCUGGGCCGCGCGUCCGGCCUGCGCCCGGGCUCCCGCAUCCCCGGCCUGCGGUGGGACAUGGGCGCGACGGCCGCGCACGCGGCGUGCGUCAAGCGCCUGCGCGCGCAUACCCGUGUCGUAGACGACGGGGGCAGCGUGAGCGAGUAUCUCGACGACCUGCGGCGCGACGAGGCGGCGAUGCUGCGGUUGGCCUUUGGCUCGGCGCGCAUCGUGCGCAACUCGGCGGGCGUGAGCGUGCUCUCUGCGCCGACGCACGUCCUCUUCCGCACCCUCAACGACGGGGUGUAUCUCCACCGCCAUGUGCCCGACCGCGCCUCGCGCGUGGUGGUGCACAUCGACGUGCUGGCCGACAGCGUGGCGGGACUCAACGGCGCCGUGGGAGAGAUCAUGCUCCCCGGCCCGCGAAGUGCCGGCCAGGGCCAGCGCGAGGUCUACGCCGUGUUCACGCAGACCAUGCUCGGGAUCAGCCCACACACCGGCCCGCCAGGCAUGCUCCGCGAGACAAUCAAGGACGCAAUCCACCACCUCGGCGCCGGGCUGCGCUACACCCUCGUCGGGCUGGCCGACCUCGACCCCGGACUGCUUGGCAUGUCGUGGUCGCGCAGCCACUCGACAGACGAGCGCCACGACAUCAUCCGUGACGGCAUAGUCGAGUACGCGCUGCGCGUCGCCCCGUACUCCCGCCUCUCCGAGUACUACCGCGUCGGUGAUGUCACGCGCGAGCAGAUCCUCGCGUUGUUCAACCUCGCGACGCGCGAGCAGUUCCGCGCCGAGGUCGGCAACGAGCUGUACUCGCUCUCGACACUGUAG